AUGAAGCCCAAGGUUUAUCAGUUCCUCGUCGGAGUGUUUGCGUCCUUUGGAUCGCUUCUCUUUGGUUAUGAUUUGGGUGUCAUUGCUCAGGUCAUUGCUUCGCAAUCCUACCAAAAGACCUUUGGCACCACCGAUGCUUCCCCCGAAACUCCUACUGCUGAAUACCUCGGUCGACGAUGGACCAUCACCAUCGGUUCCAUCAUUUUCCUCCUCGGAGGUGCUCUUCAGACUGGUGCUCCCCAAAUCUCGUACCUGAUGGCUGGUCGAUUCCUCGCUGGUCUCGGCGUCGGUUUCUUGACCAUGAUCAUUCCUCUCUACCAAGCCGAAAUUGCCCAUCCUUCGAUUCGAGGCCGAAUCACCGCUCUCCAACAAUUCAUGCUGGGUAUUGGUGCACUGAUCGCUUCUUGGAGUGGUUGGGGUACAUACACACACUACACCGACAACCGACAAUGGCGAAUCCCCCUUGGAAUCCAGUGCGUCCCCGCGCUCAUCCUCGGUUCCCUCAUCUUCGUCUUCCCCGAGUCUCCUCGCUGGCUCAUGGACAAGGGUCUGCAGGAAAAGGCUCUGCACACCCUUGCUCGCCUGCACUCCAAUGGCAACGUCGAUGACCCCUGGGUUCGUGCGGAGAUCGAGCAGAUUCAGGAAAGCAUCGCCGACGAGCAUGCCAACGAGGCCAAAUCGUACCUUGAGCUGUUCCGAAACACCUCUUGCUUCCGCCGUCUUUUGAUCGCUUGUGGCCUUCAGGCCUCUAUCCAGAUGACUGGUGUUUCAGCCAUUCAGUACUACUCUGUUGCUAUCUACAAGCAAGCUGGAAUCGAAGCUGCUGAUGCCCUCAAGUACCAGGCUAUCAACUCUAUCAUUGCGCUUAUUGCUCAGGCCCUUUGCAUCGCUUUUAUUGAUCGAUUCGGUCGUCGCUGGACUCUGAUUUGGGGUAACCUCUUCAACUGCUUGACCUUUAUCAUCGCCACCAUUAUGCUGGUCGUUUAUCCUCCCGGUUCCGGCAGCGCUGCUCAGGGUUGGGGCUUCAUCAUCGUUACUUGGGCGUACAACUUUUCUUUCUCGGCUACUUGCGGACCUCUUUCUUGGAUCAUCCCUGCCGAGAUUUUCGAUACUCGAACUCGUGCCAAGGGUGUCAGUCUCGCCACCAUGACCUCUUUCGCUUUCAACACCAUGAUCGGACAGGUAACAGGCAUUGCCAUGGAGGCCGUCGGCUGGAAGUACUACCUUGUUUUCGUCGUUUGCAACUUUACCAACGCUCUUUGCGUCUGGGCUUUCGUUCCCGAGACCAAGCAAAUUCCUCUCGAGGAGAUGAACUAUCUCUUCACCAACGCUCCUUGGUUCAUUCCCUUCGUCAACAAGAGCCAGUACACUGCCGAUUACCAGGCCGACUUGGCUCGUAGGGCUGAGAGGAUUGACGAGAAGCUGGCCGCUGAGCACGAGACCGGCGAGCACGUCUCCAAGAUCUGA